GAUUCUAAGAUGUAGAGGUGAAAAGAGUACAUUCUAGUCUUUAUGAAAAGCUUCAAAUAUAAGCGAUGCACUGUCAUGUAUGAAGAACAGUGAGAAGACUAAUUUGGCUGGACCAUAAAAGUUUCCAUACAUUAAUGACCAGAGAUGAUUUGUGGGAGGACAUGGCAAUUUUUCAUUAGGGCCUCAAAAGAUUAAAUCUCUAGCCCUUAGAAAUAUCCUUGGGCUUCUACUUCUAUUGAACACCAAAUGGCAGAUGAUGCUGGUGCUGCAGGAGGAGCAGGAGGCCGCAGGGCCCUGGAGUCGGAGGCCGGUGGUUUCCAAAGUGGCUUCAGCAGUGGGGGCCGAGGUCAUGGUUGGGGCGGUGGAUGAGGCCAGGGUCGUGGCCAUGGGGCCCGGAGAGGAAAGGCCGAAGACAAGAAAUGGGUUCCUGUCACUAAGCUAGGACAGCAGGUCAAGGACAUGAAGAUCAAGUCUUUGGAGGAGAUCUAUCUUUUCUCCCUUCCUAUCAAGGAGUCUGAGAUCAUAGAUUUCUUCCUGGGGCCCUCAUUGAACGGUGAGGUUCUGAAGAUCAUGCCUGUUCAGAAACAGACCAGAGCUGGACAGCGUACCAGGUUUAAGGCUUUUGUAGCCAUUGGUGACUACACUGGCCUUGUUGGCUUGGGUGUCAAGUGCUCCAAGGAAGUGGCCACAGCUAUUCAUGGUGCUAUUAUUCUGGCCAAGCUGUCCCAUGUUCGUGGCUACUGGGGAAACAAGAUUGGCAAGCCUCACACAGUGCCCUGCAAGGCCACUGGUCGUUGUGGAUCAGUUCUGGUGUGCUUGAUGCCAGCCUCCAGAGGUACGGGCAUUGUCUCAGCUCCUGUACCUAAAAAAUUGCUGAUGAUGGCUGGAAUUGAUGAUUGCUACACUUCUUCUAGGGGCUGUACUGCUACUCUGGGCAACUUUGCUAAAGCUACUUUUGAUGCCAUCUCCAAAAGAUACAGCUACCUAACCCCAGACCUGUGGAAAGAGACUAUUUUCACCAAGUCUCCCUAUCAGGAAUUCACUGACCAUCUUGUAAAGACUCACACUUGAGUGUCUGUCCAGAGGACCCAAGCAGCUGCUGUGGCCAGCCACCACAUAAAUGUUUUUUUUUUUUUAAAUAAAUUGAACGCUGCCUGCUUAAAAAAGAAAGAAAGAAAGAAAGAUCCUUGGUUUCCCUUGGUAUCCUGUUAUAGUACGCUGUGCCAAUUACAGCUAUUUCUGUGCUAUAUCAACAAAAAAUACUCUACAGGGAAAAUGAUAAAAUUUUUCCUCAUGGUGAAUAAACAAGGACAAACUAGACUUUCUAGAUAUUAUGAACAUGUGGAAAUCAAUAAGAGAACCAUUCUAGAAGCAGAUGUCAUCAAAACAUGCUUAACUCGGUCCAAGGAACAAUGCUCUUUUAUCGAGUACAAGGAUUUUAAGCUCAUCUACCGGCAGUACGCAGCUCUCUUCAUCGUGGUGGGCAUCAAUGACACUGAGAAUGAAAUGGCUGUCUAUGAAUUCAUCCAUAAUUUUGUGGAAGUUUUGGACAUGUAUUUCAGCCGAGUGAGUGAAUUAGAUAUAAUGUUUAACUUGGAUAAAGUGCACAUAAUUUUGGAUGAGAUGGUGCUGAAUGGCUGCAUUGUGGAAACUAAUAAGGCUCGAAUCCUCGCUCCUCUCCUGAUUCUUGACAAAAUGGCAGAGAGCUGAAUAAAGAAGCCAUAGCCGUUAUAACUGCACCAAUUCACAGGAAAUGCCAGAGACACAGAACACCCCUGCAGCUGCACCCCUGGAGAAUCUGCAAGGCCACACACUACAGCGAAUUGGGGUCUAGUGCCAAAAGCAUGGUUUGGGAAUUUGGGGAUUUCCAUCGCUUCCUAAAUGGAAAACAAGAAGUAUCUUCAAAAUGGGAUAUACUAAAUUUAGAGGUGGGGAAUCUUACCAACUCCAAUUCCAGACAUAUUUCUUUAUACUUCUUAAAUUUUAUUAAAUGAAGUGUUUUGGGCAAUGAAUUUCACAAAGCAAAUUAAGGAAUGGCAGGAUGAGGUGGGAGAGAAACUUGAUAUUUAUCAGCAAUGACUUUUGAAAAUUGGCUUGAAAAACUACAAAAAGGAGUCAAGAUUAAUGAAGCUUUCCUUUUUAAGAUUUUUCCUAUCUUUUUUUUUUGAUACAUUUUGAUAAAUUUACUUCUUUUACAUUUGAGUAUGUCUUCUAAAUAAACUUUUCACAUUUUAA